CAAGACAGUUCAGGACCUCCAAGCUUGAGUUUUGAGCUCUUGUCCAAUGGGUGUAGAUUCCCUCGAGAUAAUCAUGGAGUCUUGUAGGCUCCAAUCAAAUGUUUUGAGUUGUAAGCCAAUUGUCCACGUCUUCAGAUAACCAUGUACUCAGUGAGAAAUCACAAAUCAUGCACCUCAUGUAUUCUCAGGACGUGAUGAGCUUAGCACAACAAUGAAUUGACUUCGACCAGAGAAGGGUUGUCCGAGGGAAUUAUCGCACUUUGGUAGAAUGUCUCCGUCCAGUCAGAUGGCGCCAGGGCCUCCAUCGAGUAAACCGGGCAUUUUUCAACCAAUCUCAAGCACCCAUCGGUGUUACUCUUUCUGCAGCGCUGCAGAGGACACUGUAAAUCGUCAAGCCCGAAGCCAUCCUAGCCAGCCCAGCCAGCCCAAGCGUUGCCAAGACAUGUCGGACAAGGCCAGGAAAUGCUCGGUGCUGGCUCGCUUGAGAGGACCCUCGUCGGUCAUGCCUAAGAAAGCCUCGCUUCUGGCUAGUGGUGGGUUGAUGUUGAGAAAUUGUGUCGAUGAUGAGCCAAGCCAAGAUGCGUUUCGAGACAACCUCAUCUAUAAUUUUGUCGAGAGAGACGACCACACCAGCGGCGGCGGCGACGACGGCAACAGACGACGCGUGCUAGAGAGCGAGGAACGGAGCGGAUGGAGGAGCGAGCAGGGGCCGAAUCCUUGAAGGCGGCCGGUCCACUCCGUAGUCAGCAAAAACAGACAUCACCGUCACAGAACGAGUGAAAAAGGCGGCGUUCAGGGGAGUGUUGAUACCUGACGGCAUUAGGCUCUCAGUUGAAAGGCAAUUCGAGAUAACUGCGCGGUUUAUUGACUUGUUGUGCUGGCAAUGAAUGAGUCGUCUUUUCUGCUGGGGACAACGAAACCUCGGCCGGGCUGAGCGAAAACGGAACAGAUUUGUGUGUGUGUUGUAUUUUGGUGACGCUGGACGGUGGACGGUGGCCGCUACUGACUGGAGAUUCUGGACGAGGUGGGAGUGGAUAAGGUUGAGGGGUGAAGCUGCAGUGUUUGAGGGCAGUGGACCUAACAGCGUAUCUUUGCAUUUGGCCCAGGGUUGAUCUGAAGAUGGUGAGGGAG